AAAACUGAGAGGCCGACAGGGAGGAUCGUCCGUACGCUCAGACGAAAACCCCGAGAAUCGAAAUGCAUUGCAAGAUUUUCCUGCUGGUCUUGGUGACUGGCUUUGCGGUCUCCAUGGAAAUCGGGGAUUCAAACACAGUGAUACCAGAUACAUGGAGAGUACGAGAGGAAGCCCCUUCCCCCAUACCACUAAACAUUACGGAAGAGGAGCCUGCCAGAGCAGCCAGACAGGAAGGCACUGACGGAGGAGGACCUGGUAAAGAAGAAGAAGAAGACGACGAAGAGGAGGAGGAGGACGGUGAAACUGACGUGCCGUGGUUCGUGCCUGGGUGCAGGUACUACUGCAUCUGGAAAGAACGUCCAUACUGUUGUGAUGAUGGUACCCGCGAUCUUCCUCCUGACCACAACAUCCACGAAGGCCUCGCCUGCCCACCGAUGGACGAUCAUAUCUGCAAGAAAGACGGCAUCUACCUGGCCACUUACUCCAUCAAGACUGCGAGGUACUCUGGAUCGCUGCCGCUGCUGAAGGGGUCACCGAAGGAACAGAUGAUGUGCGCCUCUGACGGCUACUGCAGGGAGGAAGAGAAGUGUUGCCCCAGUUUGUGUGCUGGCAGACACAUCUGUCUCCCAGGUCUUCUGCCUCUCCGGACAACUGUAGGCAUCCCUGGACUGGAGGGAGUGAAGGAGGAUAAUAUGGAGGAAGAGGCCGAUGGAAAUGUGAUGGAAGAAGGAGAGGAGCAACUUCCUCAGGAGGAUCGCGAAGAUGAAAAAUUGAUGGAGGAAGAUGGAGUGAAUAUGGAGGAAGAGGACAAGGAAGAGGAGGAAGCAAUGCAUGAGAACGAGGAAUAGUGGUUACAUAAAGGAUAAACCGAGAAAGUGGAAAAAACGUAUUUUUUCUUUCGUUCAAGCACAGCAUUAAACCCAUUAGGGCCAUAAAGCAGUGAACUUUUGAGGAAUACGAGAGUAUCUCGCCGCUUUUACCAAAGAUAAUGCUGCAUUUUUUUAACCAUGGAUUGUUAGCAGUAUUUCCCAACACUCACUCCAUGGACACCAUCCGCUCUCUUCCCCACCAUGAAAAGAAAAGGAAAAUGAUGUGAGGAAAUAGAUAAAGGGAGAAAACGACCAGUCAAAGUCAUGGAAAAAUAAACAGAAAUGCAGAAUAAUUCUAUCCUUUGGAGAAUUAGACACAUGUGCAACAUCUGGGUAUCUUUAAUGUAGACGUUUCGCUAUCUAAUGGCUUUAUCAAUACAAAUUCUAGGACAAAAUCUGAAGACAGUAGAACUAUAAACAAAAGAUAAGGUAAUCAGUCCCUCAGCUGAAGGACUGAUUACCUCACUAAAGACACCCAGAGGUUGCACAAGUGUCUAAUUCUUAAUCUUGUCGGUAUUGUGAACCUUUCAUUUACAAAUGCAAUCCUUUAUUGACUACUUUUCGCCCACACAGUGAAUUUUAUCAAGUUAGAAACAGAUCUUGUGUGGGCGAAACGUUGUUAAUAAAGGAUUGCAUUAAACUGUAUUUGCAUCUGUUUUUCAGUCAAGGUCUUACAGAACCCAGGGAAUGACGGGUAAUCAAAUUUAAUCUCCGGGAGAGAAGGUCACCUCAAAUUUCUUGGAUGAAGAGUCUUACACUAGAAUUCAAGACGUCUUUCACAAACGAAAUGUUCAAUGAGGACUCUAACAUUUACGGCAAAAUUUAUCUUUAGAUUUCUUCUAGUCAGUAUUUUCUACUUUCUCGGAAUAGAUAAUACACACAAUAAAUUGUAUUGUUAAUUCUA